AUGACCUCCCACCUUCUGAGUGACGCCUCCUCCCUCAUGCUGCGCCGAAGCCACCACGGCUUGGGCGAGUGCCAGGAAAUUCCCAGCAGGCGGUUUGCCCCGGGCGAGGCCGGCGAAGCGGUCUGGGUUGGUGCUGGCGGAGCAGAUUCACGGACCCGGGGUUGUUUACUGGUCCCGGGAGUGGACGCGGCUGCCCACGAACCUGUCGCGGCUGGAGCGGCGGCGGACGCUUCCCGCACGGACGCCCUCAAGAUGGCCCUGCAACCCUCUCACCACGAGACUCCCCCGUGGCCGUCCCUGCGAAGGACUCGGGUGGAUUUGGAGUUGGGCCGGGACCUAUUUUCCUUUGCAAUCCAGCGAGUGGACAUUUCCCACUGUCUCCUACUGCUGGGUGCUAGCAGGGCUGCCAGGCCCGAGCUGGAGGGGUUUGUCAUGGAGGGAGUGGUGGGGACCCCGGGCCCAGUGCCCACUUUCCAGGAGCUCUUGGUCAGUGAGAGAGGUGCUCUAGGGGCUGGUGGCAGCCCCUCAGCUGCUGGAAGCAACCAGGACUUUCUGUCUCCAAAGCCUAGCAGCCAGAGGAGGGACCUGCUCCGGAACCGCUUCUCUGAUCCCACUGACUUGUCCUUGGGCUGGUGGCAAGGUCACUACGCAGCCUUGGUGCCAUGGAUUCCAGAGAGUGCCCUCAUGGAGAAGUGGGGGUGGGUAGGAGGGACUGGGGAGGCCCAGGAUGGCCACAUCCGAGGUGCCUCUGGGGAACCUCCAGGAGCUCCCUGGGCCCUGCCUCUGCAGGCCCUUUGCUGGCCCACACCCGAGACAGUCUGCAUGGUGCUGGGGCUGCUGGUGUGGGCGCUGAUUGCGGACACCCCGUACCACCUGUACCCGGCCUAUGGCUGGGUGAUGUUCGUCGCUGUCUUCCUCUGGCUGGUGACAAUCAUCCUCUUCAUUCUCUACCUGUUUCAGCUGCACAUGAAGUUGUACAUGGUGCCCUGGCCACUGGUGUUAAUGAUCUUUAACAUCAGCGCCACCGUUCUCUACAUCACCGCCUUCAUCGCCUGCUCUGCAGCAGUUGACCUGACAUCCCUGAGGGGCACCCGGCCGUAUAACCAGCGUGCGGCUGCCUCGUUCUUUGCAUGUUUGGUGAUGAUCGCCUAUGGAGUGAGUGCCUUCUUCAGCUACCAGGCCUGGCGAGGAGUAGGCAGCAAUGCAGCCACCAGUCAAAUGGCUGGCGGCUAUGCCUAAACCACCUGUGCCACGGCCCUCUCUGGGGCUGAAGCCGCCGCUGGGUCACAGAGCAGGGUCACCCUGCAAGCCCAAAGCUGGGGAGCCCUGCGCGGAGUCAACCUGACAGCGACUGCACUUGCUCCUCUCUGCCCAUCAGACACAAGCUCUCACAGCGCUAAGGAAGCAGGCCCAGGCUGGCAGGCAUCUGGGCUUGCAGGAGGCCAACCGCUGAGACCUCCUCUCCAUCCCCCUUAUUCAGUGGAAGGUGACGGGGGAUCUGAGGCUGUGUCUCUGCCUUGUCUUUAGAGGACUUCAGCGUCCAAGACUGGGGCCUACCCUUCUCACCAGCACUAAAUGCACUAACAAGGACUCCUGACCUGCAGCCCCAGACUCGCCGUAGUAUAAGCCUAACAAGCAACAUGUAGCACCUUAGUCUUCGUUCCAGGAGAGCUGAGCAAGCUCGUGAAACCAUUCUCCUUCCUUUAAACACCAUUCCAACCGACCUCUCCCUGGAGCCAACCUGUAAAAAGUGGGUUAUGAUUGUUGACAGCAUGGUCUUCCCUCCCUGCAUUUUAGACAUACCAGUUACUGAAAACAAAUCAGUUUUAAGUGACUUCUCAAUGCUGAAAGUUUCCUUCACUUUCCCAAGCCUCUCUCUGUAAUACUCCCUUUGGGCGAAGCUAACCUCAGUGCUGACUGCCUCCCUGACCCUGCUGACUAGGCACAUGGGACAUGAAGGAGGGAGGGAAGUGAGGCCUUGCCUGGCAAGUUGUCAUGUGGUUGGUGAUGACUGUUUUAUUUUUUUUUAAUAAAAAGAUAAGAGAAGUUAUUUGGA